AUGCUACCCAGGGGAUCCCAGCAAGACCAGCCCAUCAGAUCCCAGAAAGAGCUUCCCUGCAGAUCCCAGCAAGAGCAGCCCAGCAGAUCCCAGCAACAGCUGCCCAGUGGAUCCCUGACAGAGCUUCCCUACAAACCCCAGCAAGAGCUGCCUAGCAAAUCCCAUCAGGAACUGCCCAGCAGAUCCCAGCAAGAGCUUCCCAACAGAUCCCAGCAGGAGCUGCCCAGCAGAUCCCAACAAGAGCUUCCCAGCAGAUCCCAGCAGGAGCUGCCCAGCAGAUCCCAGAUAGCGUUACCCAGUAGAUUCCAGACAGAGCUGCCCAGCAGAUCCCAGCAGGAGCUACCCAGCAGAUCCCAGCAAGUGCUGCCCAGCACACAUCAGCCAGAACCGAUCAGCAAAUCCCAGCAGGAGCUGUCCAGCAGAUCCCAGUGGGAGCUACCCAGAAGAUCCCAGCAAGAGCUGCCUUCAGUGGAUCUCAGCGAGAGCCGCCCAGUGGUCACCAGGCGGAGCUGCCCAGUGGAUCCCAGCAAGAGCUGGGAGUCCAGGUUUGAUCCGCAGGAGGCUUUGGAUCGGAAGAAGAUGGAAGGGGCGAAGGAAUCGGAAGUGUUCCCGAGCGGCCAGUCUGAGGUCCCGGGGCCCAGCCAGUUGGCAGUGCUGGGGGUGCAGGAGGGCCGUGGUUUCUGGUGCCUGCUGUGCGGGAAGGGCUUCCGCUGGCGCUGCCUGCUGGACGCCCACCUGCGGGUGCACACGGGCGACAAGCCGUUUGCCUGCCCGCUGUGCCCCAAGCGCUUCAGCAAGUCGGGCGAGCUGCGGGUGCACCAGCGGGUGCACACGGGCGAGAAGCCGUUCGUCUGCCCGCUGUGCGGCAAGAGGUUUUACCGCUCGAGCCACCUUAGCCGGCACCAGCGCUUCCACACCGGCAUCAAGCCCUUCCAGUGCAGCGAGUGCCACAAGUGCUUCUUCACCUCCAGCCACCUGAACCGGCACCAGAGAGUCCACACCGGCGAGAAGCCUCACGGCUGCACCGACUGCGGCAAGCGUUUCUACAGCCCCGGCGAGCUGGCUGUCCACCGGCGGGUCCACACCGGCGAGAAGCCCUACGGCUGCGCCGAUUGUGCCAAGCGCUUCAACCGGGUGGGCGACCUGACUGUGCACCGGCGCACCCACACGGGCCAGAACCGGCCCGAGUGCAGCGAGUGCCACAAGCAGUUCAACCGGCCCAGCGAGCUGGUCGUGCACCAGCGGCUCCACUCCGGCGAGAAGCCCUUCGAGUGCUCCGUCUGCGCCAAGAGGUUCUAUCGCUCCAGCAACCUGAUCCAGCACCAGGGCAUCCACACCGGAGAGAAACCCUUCGAGUGCCCCAUCUGCAAGAAGAGGUUCUACCGCUCCAGCAACCUGACUCGUCAUCAGCGCAGCGAGGGACACAGUGAGAAAUAUCGAGAUGACGCGAGAAACUCCAAGAGGCAGAGCGGCAAGGAGGCGACGAAGGAGACCGGAGCCGGUGGCCCUGUCAGCCGGGAGGGCUGCGGCUUUUGCUGCACCGAGUGCGGCAAGUGGUUCCGCUGGCCGAGCCUGCUGGAUGCCCACUUGCGGGUCCACAGGGGGGAGAAGCCCUUCGAGUGCGCCCGGUGCACCAAGCGAUUCUGCACCUCCAACGGGCUACGGGUGCACCAGCGGACCCACGCCCCCUAGA